AUGCACCGGACAUACUCCCUAAGGAACUCGAGGGCGCCCACGGCGUCGCAGCUUCAGAACCCGCCGCCACCGCCAUCGACGACGAAGAACCGGUUCUUCGGCAAGGGCGGACUGGCCAACACGUUCCGCAAGAACACGGCGGGCGCUUUUGGACCGGAGCUAUCGCGCAAGCUGUCGCAGCUGGUGAAGAUCGAGAAGAACGUGUUGCGGGCCAUCGAGGUGGCGGCGAACGAGCGCCGGGACGCGGCCAAGCAGCUGUCGCUGUGGGGGCUUGAGAACGACGACGACGUGUCGGACAUCACGGACAAGCUGGGCGUGCUGAUCUACGAGACGUCGGAGCUGGACGACCAGUUCAUCGACCGGUACGACCAGUACCGGCUGACGCUCAAGUCCAUCCGCGAUAUCGAGGGCUCCAUCCAGCCCUCGCGCGACCGCAAGGCGAAGAUCACGGACAAGAUUGCGUACCUGAAGUACAAGGACCCGCAGUCUCCCAAGAUUGAGGUGCUAGAGCAGGAGCUAGUGCGUGCGGAGGCCGAGUCGCUGGUGGCGGAGGCCCAGUUGUCGAACAUCACGCGCUCGAAGCUGAAGGCCGCCUUCAACUACCAGUUCGACUCCCUGAUCGAGCACAGCGAGAAGCUGGCGCUGAUCGCCGGCUACGGCAAGGCGCUGCUGGAGCUGCUGGACGAUUCUCCGGUGACGCCUGGCGAGACCCGCCCGGCCUACGACGGCUACGAGGCCUCGAAGCAGAUCAUCAUCGAUGCCGAGGCCGCGCUGAACGACUGGACGCUGGACACCGCGGCCGUCAAGCCCUCGCUGUCCAUCAGACGUGAUUACGACGAGGAGUUCGAGGAGGGUGAUGACGGCGAGCAGUGGGAGCAGGAUGCCACUGAGGAGCAAGUCGCAGCCUGA